CCGGUUGUAAAAACCUUCCUCGGCGUAUAUCAUCGGCAGUUGUGAUUUACAUUCCGUAGUAUGUACACGCAUUGUAGAUGUAAAUUAUUCGAAAUGUGUUUAUUACUUGUUUAAAAUUAAUUAAUAACUCGGUGUUCAAAUGUUUUGAUACUAUUAUUUCCUAUUAAGUAUAAUCGAUCGCAUCCGGUUCCGAAACCUUGAACGAUUUUGACAUAUUUUUUUCGACAUUUCGACAAAGUUUUUCCUUGUUUGAAGACAAGAGCGAAGAUGAGGUUGUUAUUUGUGAUCUUUUUAGUUCCGAUAUCAAUAUGCAGUUCAAACAUUCCUAUCACCUCGGAGCUCUUAGAGAGCGUCUUUGGAAACCCAGAUAGUGAAGCUAGUCCAUCAGCGAUAUCAUCGCAAGUGGUCCCUGUUACACCAAGUCCCGAUGGGAUGACAGACACGGAAUAUCUUGAAGCCAUCGACAAGUACGUGCCAUCGUUAGCUGAUUAUGAUAAAUUCGACUGGUCGCUUACUAAGCGAGUAGCUUCGAGUUCGCAAGCGAAUUUCCUGAUAUCGCCAUUGGGACUAAAACUGGCUCUUUCGAUACUCACGGAAGCAGCAACUGGAUCUACACAAUCUGAGCUUGCAUAUGUGUUGGGUUUCGACCGUGACACAAAUUCUGUGAGACAAAAAUUCGCUAUGAUCUUAAGCUCAUUACAGACUCAAUCGUCACAGUACAUCCUAAACUUAGGAAGCAGAAUAUAUGUCGGAGCGACAGUCAUACCUCAACAGCGUUUUGCUGCGAUUUCUCAACAGUUCUAUAAGACUGAAUUAAAGAGCUUGGAUUUCAGUAAUCCUGUAACGGCCGCUAGCGCUAUCAAUUGCUGGGUUUCUAAUGCAACCGAAGGAAGAAUUCCGGAUUUGGUUAAGCCAGAUGAUGUAUCUGGCGUAUCAGCUUUGGUAUUGAACACUAUAUUCUUCAAAGGUACUUGGCAACAUCAGUUCGCACCGAAUGCAACUAAAUCACAAUUAUUCUACGUGUCUAUUGAUGAUAAGAAAGAAACUCCUUUUAUGAACAUUAGAGAUAAGUUCUUCUUUACUGAAUCUAAAAGAUUUAACGCAAAAAUUUUAAGGAUGCCAUAUUUGGGUAAUAAAUUUGCAAUGUACGUAAUCGUCCCAAAUUCAUUGACUGGAUUGCCUUAUAUUUUCGACGGAUUAAGUGAAUUACGCACUGAACUGUACUACCUCCAAGAAUAUUAUGUUGAUGUCACUAUUCCGAAGUUCCAGUUUGAGUAUACUUCGCAUAUGGACGGAAUUUUGAAAGAGUUGGGUGUAAGGCAAGCGUUCGAAGAUACUGCCUCAUUCCCCGGACUCGCUCGCGGUCAAAUCCUCUCCAACAGACUGAAGAUUUCCAAAGUAUUACAACGGUCUGGAGUUGAAGUAAACGAAUUGGGAAGUACUGUAUACUCAGCUACAGAAAUCGCUCUCGAAAAUAAAUUUGGUGAACAAAUGAUGCCAAACGCUGAGGUAAUUGCGAACAGGCCGUUCCUGUUCUUCAUUCAAGACGAGAUGACGAGACAACUGCUGUUCACCGGCCGCGUCUCAGAUCCGUCCCUCGUCGACGGCGCUUUUAAAUCUCGUCACAUAUUCACUGAUGUAACAAAGAACUCAACAAAAUAUCGAAACAUAUUUUUACUAGCUGGUAUACGGAGCCUCGAUUGCCGCCAAAAUGUUCCAUCAGACAUAUCACGGCUAAACUUUUUCGAUACGGACCUACUUCGUUAUACUGCUGAAGAUAAAAAAGGAAAUGUUAUGGUAUCACCUGCCAGUAUUAAAUCAAUUUUGGCUAUGCUAUUGGAAGUUACAAGUGGAGAUACAGAGGCUGAAAUUAAAAGUGCAUUGAGAUUGUCACCAUAUAAAGACGAAGUUAGAGAUCAGCUGAAUCUAUACUUGAACGCAUUAUACGCGAACGCUUCAGGGGUCACUCUCCAAAACACGAACGCAGUAUUUGUAUCAAACAGGCUAAAACUUAAAAAAGAGUAUGAGCAAGCUGUACGCAAUAUUUACUUAUCGAGUGUUUAUACAGUCGAUUUUGGUGAUACAUUAAACGCCGCUAAUACCAUCAAUCGUUGGAUCAACCACUACACAAAGGGGCUCAUACCGGCUCUGGUUCAACCUUCGGAGAUCAACCCAACUUCAGAAUCGUUAUUGACAAACGCGUUGUACUUUAAAGGUACAUGGCGUUAUGCCUUUAAUCCAAAAUAUACGCAUGCCAGUUGCUUUUAUAAUGGAGACUCCUGUCAAAAAGUAGCCAUGAUGGAAUUACACGAAGACAUGAAUUAUGCGUACAUCGAUAAUUUGAGAUCUCACGCUUUAGAACUACCUUAUGGGACUGGUCGUUAUUCCAUGUUUGUAUUAGUUCCGCACGAUCGUAGCGGCAUAAAUACUUUAAUCAGAGAUCUUCCAUACAUGAGUCUCCCACAGAUAACUUUAUUAAUGGAAUCCACAAGCGUCCGUCUGUUUAUGCCCAAGUUUACAAUUGAUUAUAGUGACAGCGUGGUGGAACCUUUACGCAAAAUGAGGAUCAACACAUUAUUUUCGAAAAAUGCAAAUCUUUCAGGAAUGUUCGAAAAUGGUUCCGCACAAGUGAAUAAUUUUUUGCACAAAGUUUACUUGUCAGUUGACGAGACGGGCACGGUAGCUGCUGCAGCCUCGUCAGCAAUGGUCAUACCUCUCAUAGAGGAUGGAGUACAGUUGAAAGUAGAUAGGCCUUUUGUUUUCUUCAUCAGAGAUAAUGAACUAGAACUCAUUAUUUUCGAAGGGAAGAUUGAAGAGCCUUCUCUGUAUGCAGAACAAAAUGUAGUUGAUCCCAUGCAAAGAAAUGGACAAAUCCCCCAGAACACUGGACAGUGGCGAAGUGGUUAAUAUUAUUAUUAGUGUAUAGCAGCUUAUUGGUAAUUGUAACAUAUCAAAUAAUAAAAUAAAAUAUAUGUAUAAUUAUAAUGUCACCAGUAU